CAUCUAUGAGGUGAGUGCGUGAAGAAUGUCCCUUUGUGUUGCCACACCCGCUGGAGCUCCAGUCACCUGCAGCUCUUCAUAGGAUAACAUUUAAACUCCUUUUCGAAAUCUAUCAUCAUGAAUCACCGGAUUACAUUCAUCGUUAUUCUUAUUAUCGUUCCGGUCUUCCUGCUCGGAUUAUUUUAUUUUGACGGUGAUUUUUGGAAUGAAACUUCAACGCAGAUACGGAGCUUUACAAUGUUCUCAAGCAGCGAAACGAGUGCACAGGUCCAAGAUUUCCCCAAACCAAAUAUAGGGCCAUUUCCAAAUGACAAUCCCCCCUCCUGUACCUGCCAAAAUGGACCACCUGCAAACCAGUAUGUGUCAAAAGAUGAACUCGAAGAGCUCCAGAAACGCAGAGCAGAGGCAUACAGACAACACCAGAUCAGGAUGGGGAAACAGAAUGACGUUCUUUUUCUGGCCCCCGCCAACACCCCACUCCAGUAUCCAAUUAAAGGAUUCAGAGUGACUCCCUUGAAGAAAACACUCAUUCCUGGUCUAGUUCUGCAAACUCAUAUGAGAACACUUUACAAGGUGUCACUUAGUGUUCAGAAAGGGGUGCUCUCAGUGAUGGAUGUUCAAGAGGGAGAACACGUGGAUGGCCAGAAUGAGAUAAAUAUGACCAUCUCAUCCAGCAGCCUCCAUCAGCUCAAUGACCUUCUGAGCAGAGUGGCCUACACCAGUACCGUCUACCACAUCAAGACAGAAGACCUCGCUUACUUUUCUUUUGAAAACCAUGAGGUCAUAUUCCCAAUUGAUAUCAGACGGCCAUCAGUUCCUGUUCUGUUUGACUCAGGGAAAGAUAUAAACUCACAGGUGACCAUAUUAGUAAAGGCAUUUUUGAGAUAUAAAGAACUAAACGUCCUCAUCAAGAGCAUCCGUCAGUUCUACCCAAACAUAAAGAUCAUUAUUGCUGAUGACAGUCAUAACCCAGAGAAGGUUGUUGGAAACAAUAUAGAACACUACAUCAUGCCCCCUGCACAGGGCUGGUUUGCCGGUAGAAAUCUGGCAGUGUCGCAGGUCACCACUAAGUACUUCCUCUGGGUGGAUGAUGAUUUUGUGUUCCUGAAUGAGACUCGUAUCGAGAGUUUUGUGAAGAUUUUUGAAACUGUUCCUGAACUAGAUGUGAUUGGUGGUGAGGUGCAAGGAAAUCGAUUCUUAUUCAGACUACAAUAUGAAGAAGGGAGUAGCGAGGAAGGCGGUUGUGUCAAGCGAGUCAUGGGUUCGCAUGCACCCCUGCCAGGCUUUAAUGGGUGCUUCUAUGCAGAUGGAGUUGUUAAUUACUUCCUGGCUCGGACUGCUGCAGUGCGGAGGGUCAGUUUUGACCCAUUCCUCAAAAGAGUGGCUCAUACUGAAUUCUUCCUCGAUGGGCUUGGAGAUUUGUUAGUUGUCUCCUGUAAAGGUCUCAGGAUUGGUCACCAGAAGAAAAGUUCCACGGGCAAGUACGUUUCCUUCAGGCAUCCUCCGAAAAGCGAUUCUCAGAACAAAAUGAGCCACCAUUAUUUCAAGAAUCAUCUAAAAUGCAUCAAGUACUAAGGGAAAAUCUAGAUGUCAUGUCCUCCAGGUGAAAACCUUGUCCUUCAUAAGUGAAUUUUACUGUAUAAUAUAACUAUCUAUUUUUAUGUAUGUCUAAAUUCUAUUUGUGCAAUAAUGUGUGGAAUACCCAUGAAGUGAUUGGAGUCAGAUCUGGUUACGGGUGUUUUGAAGUUGGGUGCAUACAGUAUGUUUUGGUAUAUCUUUUUUAAAUCAGUGGUUUUUAACUGGUGGGGAAAUCUUCUAUGAUCAUGGACAGCAGGGAAAAACAAUGCUAAAUGCAAAUAAUACAACUUAGAAUAAUGGUAUACAAAACAAUACAAUUAUAAUCAUAAUUGUGCAUAGUGAGCAUAGUGUUAAUCGUGUCAAUGAAAAGACUAACAAAAAUGUUCAUUGAAAAAAGUUUUUAUUUCGUCAACGAUAACAGUUUUAAUGAAAACAUACUGUUGAAGAAAAUAUGACAAGAAAACAAUAAUACUGCAAGAUUUUAACAGUGCACAAACGUAACCAACAAUCCAGUAUGUUGGGUAUUUCAGAGCUGAACUACGGCAAAAUGAACAACUUUACAAACAUGUAGCCUGAUCUCAUGAACACUAUGUGAGGGUGGCAACAUUUUUUACAUGCUUCUUUAUACGCUUAGGUGCAGUUUAUUAUUUCAAUAUUUAUUGAAUAAACCAAAAGUGAGUGAAAUGGUGUCGUAAUCAGACAGGGUUUUUAAUGGGAAUCUUACACUGCUUGGCCAAGUAAAAGGAAUGUAAAGCAUUGUUAUGAUCUAGGGUUGCUUCAAUUGGUCAGGUCCAGGCUGACUACCCGAAUGUACCCGACAUCGAUACCGCCUGUAGCUUUGAUUAUGGUGCGCAUUCGUCAUGGCAUUGUUUCGACACCGUUAUGCAAUGUCACAACAUUUAUUUUCAUGCAGAGUUGCAUUAAUCUUAGGCCAAGAUCUUGUAUUGAUGAUGGGAGAGUCGAACAACUCUGUUAAGUCUUCUCCAGCACAUCCCAAAGACUUUUAAUGGGGUUAAGGUCAGGACUCUGUGGUGGCCAAUUAAUAUGUGAAAAUGAUUCCUCAUGCACCCUGAACCACUCUUUCACAAUUUGAGCCUGAUAAAUCUUGGCAUUGUUGUCCUGGAAUAUGCCCAUGCCAUCAGGGAAGAAAAAUCCAUUGAUGGGAUAACCUGGUCAUUCAGUACAUUCGGGUAGUCAGCUGACUUCAUUUUAUUUAGAAAUGACCAAUUGAAGCAAUCCCAGAUAAUAACCAUUAUUUAAAUCCAAACGUCAACUUUUUGAAAUGUUUUUGGCCAGGCAGUGUAUGUUUGUGUGUAAGAGAAUAAAACAUACAGUUUUUGGAGCGCCUCUGGUGUUAAUUUCACCAUGAAACUGCAGUGAAAUGUAUAACGCGGCACGUAAAAGCAGUUCGUAAAAAGUAACGUUUAUUCUAUGAAACUAGGAUGCAAAGGGUUAAUUAUCUCACUCAAACGGAUGCUAUUUAUACACAAGAUUAAGCGCUAUAUCCCCAACAUAUAUGUAAUAUUAACUAAUCAGAAUGCAUAACUUGCGUUGUGAAUGCGCCAUUUCUGUAAAAACACGCUACACACAUCGCAAUAUCCUAAACUGGCUAAAACACAAAAAAUGAACAAGUCUCUAAAACAUGAAGCUUUUAUAUAUUUUUCUAAAUGUUUGAAUAUAAGAUUAAGGUUUAGCCUGAUAAAGUUUGGCACACAUUUUGCAAAUUAUCAUUUACUAAUAUAUGUUAUUUUCAUUGACUAAAAUUAUACCAUUAAUACAUUUGACAUGAUGAAAUAUUGACUUAAUUUAAAGGACAUUUUCAUCAGAAGACUAAAACAAAAACUGUGUAAAAAAAUAACACUGAUAGUAAGGAUAUUCGUUUUUAAAAAAGGAAUAUCUUUUGUUAUCGUCAAUAAUUUUGCAUAAGUUUUGCCUAUGCAGUUACGAUUAAUACAUUUCAAUUACAUUUUAAAGAAUAUUUGUGUUGUUGUACACAAAUCAUUUUGCUGAUAAACAAUUUUGGUUAGUUGUCGGGUCCCUGUUUGAUGCAUGAUGCACAUGCAUUCUGUUGUGCUCGGUCCAACUAUAAUUGACUGUUAAAAUGUGUCUGUAGAAGGCGUGUUGCCUGUACAGCUGGAGCGCUGACUGCCCCCUACUGCAACAGAUUCGCUUUAACUUCAAGGUGGAACAUCAAGACUGAACUGCUCCAAUGGUUGAGCAUUCCUUACUAUGGAAUUUAUGUACGGGUCAGGGGCACACAUAGACAUCAAAGGGGACUUGAGCACCUGCCCUAUACUUCCUCGAGAGAAAGAGCCCUUUUUUCUGGGAUGCUUUUUUAUAAUAAAUAAAUGAAUGUAUAUAUAUAUUCCUGUUUGCGCACAGCUUUCUGUCAAACAAAUAUAUUUAUUGAAUAAAAAAUCGAAAUAUCAGGUAGGGAGAUGAGACUUUGUCGAAUUCCGAUUUCCUCCCUCUCUCCCUCUCUCUCUCUCUCUCUCCCUCCGCGUCUCCGCGCAGCAGUGCAGCACACAUCAGCACAUCAGACACACAGGCAGGCAGACAGGCAGACAGCAGCCCCCCCAGCUCCUAUCCCAGUUGUGUUUUUCUUGGCUAGUGUGGAGGUGAGUGGUGAUGAACAAAAGACUAGGCUACCAGUGCCUCAACUUUACAGAUAAUAAUAACUUAAUGGAAACACUACAGGUGAAUACAGUAAAGUUUGUGUCUAAUAACGUCAUCAUAAUCGCCACAUUGAUAUGCAAAUUAGGCGUUAACGAAUUAAAAUGCGCUAAUUUGCACACAUUGAAGUGUUAUGUAUUCCAAUAACGCCAAAAGAGUUUAAACGGUUGAUUGCCUUGUGCAAAAUAAACAAAUUAUUAGUGAAACUGUGUCUGUGCAUGUCCAUGGUCAUUGAAUAUGUUAUUUUUAAUAAAUUUGUGUUAAAUCAACAGCGUUAAUUUAGAUGUUUCAUGAAGGUAAGGGGUAAUAAAAAGGAGCUCAGUGUUUCUUUCUGCAUGUGGAGUGUGAAAAUGAUAAUGUUAUUUUUUUACUCCCCUUACAAUGUGAUUUACUGUAAAUGAAUGUAUUAACUGAGAAAUGAUUGUACUUGAAUGUUUAAGAAAUGUAUGGCAAUUGAAGGUUGUUUAACAUGUUUGUUAAAAACUUUACAGAUCUGCAAUAAGCCAUGAAACAUCACAUAGAUUUGUGUAAGAUUUGGAUUGUGUGCCAAUGAAGAAACUUUGAGUAAUGCAUGUGUUAAAUUAUUAUUUUUUUUAAAUCACUCAUUGAGGACCCAAAGUAUUUGUCCUUGUUGAUGUUACCUUAAGGUCAAGACUGACCUGAAAAUGUUUGUUUAGUAUUUUUGCAUAUGCUGAUUAUGCAAAAAAAUUAAGAAAACAUGCUUGUACUGUGACAUGUUUGCUUCUGCAUGGCAUUUGUGCUUGCUAGUCAAAGUAAAAGAGGUU